GGCACCAUUCGGCUCUGGGGACUCUUGUUUUGUGCCCUCGACGUUUCACUUUGUAAAAACUAAAAAUGGGAAAAAGAAAAUAGGAAUUAGGGUUUUCAUUCCAAAAUCAAAAACACAGAACAAAUUAAAAUUUUCUGCAAUUCUUGGUGUUGGACUCUUUUCUUUUUUCGGCAAUGAAGAAUCGGAAUCCCAAAGGAAAUGGAAACGGCGAAGGAAGCACAAUGGAUGGCCCAAAGCCGAUGACUAUGAAGAAGAAAAAGAACAUGAAUCGAUUGGGAGGAAGUGGAACUGGUCUUUCGCUUCAAGCAUUUGCCAAUGCCAAAUCCACUAGCAAUCACUACAAUCCCGCCUUAAUUAAGAAAAAAAAAGAGUUCUAUAAAAAUGCUAAGUAUGUUAACAAGUAUAAGAAGUCAUUAAAGCAACAAAAUCAGGGGAAAAACAGUCUUCCUUCAGCCCAAAGAACCAUAGAGGAUGAGAAUGAAGACAUAAACGGUAGUAGGGCAAACAACAUGAACAAUAAGAAGAAGAAGAAUGGUUCACAGAGUUUGAGACAAGUGUACGAGAAGCAGUGGGAAGAGAAAGAAAAGGCAAGGAUGGAGAGAGAGGCAGCUAUGCAAUUAAAGAAGGAGCAGAGAGAGAAAGCUGAAGCUCAGAGGAAGGUAGAAAGGAAAGAGAUGUUCAAAAAGACACGACAUGGUCAGCCUGUAAUGAAAUACAGAAUCCAGCAUCUUUUGCAGUCCAUACAGGGUUCGUCUAGUGCUUCCAGUUAAUACAAAUUAGUGAUCUAGAAUUUGUUAUUUCUUGUUUUGAUCUUCAUUAGUGCUUAUAGUAGCUGAGAGUAGAGAACAUGUGCAACAGUACAAUUGCCCAAAGCAGGGGAUUUACUCCAUGCUGCUGUAUACCAUAUUUCACAGCCAAUCCGAGUAUUUAGCUGCUCACUGCGAAUGUUGAUUUACUAUUUUACCUGUAUCAACUUUUAUCUGUAAUAUUUCAGGGUAAUUCUCUCUUAAUAUGUCACAAUUGUUUGUUUAUUCUCAA